AUGGAGAAACGUCUUAAAAGCACCUUGGAACGUGUACGUAGUUUAGAAUUGUCAUUGAAAGAAGCAAAAGAAGGAGCUAUGCGAGAUCGUAAACGUUAUCAAGCUGAAGUGGAACGUAUCAAAGAGGUUGUUCGUCAGCGGAAUGUCACUACACGUCGUGGUCAAUCACAAAUUGCUAAACCUAUACGUGCUGGACAUGCACCGAUUACUGGUGGUGGAGUGAUUCCAAUGAAUCAACCAAUUGUACGAACAGAUAUCUUAGGAGCUCCAUAAAAAAAAUAUAUAUAUCCUCAUUUUAUUUGGUUCAUGAUAUAUACAAAACCUCACUGGGAGCCUUAAAUGCAAGUUUCCUUAGACAUAUAUAUAUAUACACACACACACAAACAUAUUUGCCCCGGUGGUCUGGUGUUCACUUUCUUUAUGUUACCUGUUAUUUCAUGUUAAAGUCACUUUUAAACAGCAACAUUUAUCGUUAUUAUUAUUAUUAUGUAAUGGUCAUGACUGAUCGCUUCGUUUCGACAUUUCAUCUGUUGCUAGUAUACAAGUGUGUGUGCGCAAGCGUUACACCUUCCUACGCCUUACCUUAUUAUUUUGUGUUUGAAACCUUAAUUUUUUGAGUAAUUCACUACUGAUUGAUUUUACUGUUGUUUAUUAUUGUUUAUGAUGAUGAUUAUUCUGCCUAUUUUUGGAUAGUGUCGGUUUUAUUUGCAAAUGUGUGUGUGUGUGUGUGAUCGAACUCUGAAGAGACAUUUGGACUAACCACAACGUUGAUUUAUGGAAAUGUUGAUGUCAAAGACUAAUUAGAAAAAGCCUAAGCAGGAAUGGAGUAUUUAUGAAUAGUGGAUAGUGAGAUAUGAAAGUGCAAAUAUGUUUGUCUACAUGCCUCUUCUACUCACUAAUACAUGUUAACGAAGGAAUAUUUUGUGUUGUUUUUCUUCCACCCUUCACAAUAUUAUAUUCUACUCUGUAGUCUUUCUUGUUUCAUCUCUUUCAGUAGGUGCAUUUUUAGCUACUGGUGAUGGUGUUGUACAGUGAAUGUUUGAUUGUACACUCUUUAGUAGGUAUUUUGCAAUAAAAAUUGAUGAAAUAAGGAAAUAAUUGAUGAAUAAACUUUAAUCUGUAGUUGGAAGUAUUCUUGUCUGUUGAUUGGUUGAUUGUCCACUUCUGUUGUUGUUGUUUUCAUUGUCGUCUUUUUUCACCCCCACCCCAUCCCAUUUCUCAUCGUAAUUCCAGUUUUAUAUAUACCGCAUACUUCUUGUAUUUAUCUGGAAUAGUUGGUCACAAUUUCGUUUCUAAACACAAAAUAUUCUCAUGAUCAUAAAUAUCAAAUGUGAUUCUUACUGCAUGUUCACUUAAGUUUAAAUUUUGCUAAUGUUUCAUAUAUUCUUGUCAAACGCGAAUACAUACUUGAGACUUCUACUUGCUUUGACUGUCUAACUACUUUUCGUUGUAUUUCUCUUUGUUUGUUUUCUUGCGUGUGUGUUUUGGUUUUUUUCUCUUUGAUUUUUCUCUUGGUUUUGCUUCCAUAUGAGAGAUAGACAGUUCUUAGAAUCGUACACAAUAAGAGAUUAUAAAUAUGAUCAUAGUUCACUUAUUUGGUUCUUUGUAUUGUGUUUGUAUAAUGUAAUCAGGAGAUGGAGAUUAUCUAAGAAAUGUGUGAUGUGUUCGCGUUAUACAUUUCGAACAAUUUGAUCACGUAUUAACUUGUCAAGACAUUUCCUAUCAAGGAUGAAAAUAGGAUGGGGGUAAGAUUUGGAAAAUGUAGGGGAUAAUAAGGAGGAAUAUUAAUACAUUUUCACCACCUCCCUUGACAUUAAAAUGAGAUGAAGAUUGCCAAGGUAGGUUUAAGGUAGGGGGAGAGGGGGGGUUUGAACUUUUGUAUAGGUAAGGCU